AUGGUUGCUCUGGCCUUCACAUUGAGAAGUAGUACCAGUCCCGGCCAGAUUGGAGCGCCAUUGCUAAAAGUUAAACCGCUCAUUGCUUCAACACCAACAGAAAACCAGCCUGGUGAAGAUGUGAUAUCACCAACAAACUGGCCCAAUGCAGAUGAAAUUCAAUUUGAGUCUGUGUCGGCAUCAUACGAUGAUGUAUUUAUGGUGCUGGAAAAUGUCAUAAUGCAGGUCAAGCCUGGUGAAAAAAUCUGCGUCUGCGGUCGUAGCGGUAGCGGGAAGAGUUCCCUUCUUCUCACUACCCUCCGCCUGCUGGACAUGUCGACGGGGCGCAUAAUAAUCGAUGGUGCAGACCUUGCUACCGUUCCGAGACAUGAAACCAGAUCACGAAUCAUCACGAUUCCCCAAGACCAAUUCGUUCUCACUGGUUCUGUUCGUCUCAAUGCAGAUCCUUCUGGGACUAUUCUCUGA